UUAUUGGUAUCUUGUUUAAUGACUGGAUGACCUAACACAUUAUCGUACUUCAUUUUGUAGCAGAAAUGUCAGUGUUUCAUCUCCGAAGACAAACGUGUCUGUACGAGCGGUUGACCUUCCUGUGGCUGUGGUCUGCGGGCAUGUCAAUGCGAUCAAUCGCGCGGCGUUCUGGCAGAAGCCCACAGACCGUGCGGCGCUGGUUGACCUGGUGGCAUCAAAAUGGACGCAUCUUAACGACAAUUGGGGUUCGGCAGCAACGCCUGUUCCCUGUUGCAAGCAGGGAAGAUAAUGGAGUCGUCUCCAGUGCGAGGACAGACGCCAUCACCACCAGAAGUGCAUACCCGUGUACAGUAGGGAGUGUCUAUUGAAGUGAAUGAACCAUCCUUGAACUGGGUUUUCGUUUGGAGUAAUUUGUUGCGUCACGUUUCAAAAUCUUAUAUAAAAAGUUAUUGAAAGAAGGUAUAAUGCUUUGAAAGGCAUGAAUUCCCAGAGGUUAUACAAGCAGACAAAGAGUGUAGAAAGUAGACUCUAAGGAGUGCGAACGGCAACAAGAAAAUACAAUUGAAUUAGCUUUGAGAAUAAAAAAAAAAAAAAUCACGUAUCUUUUCGAAUUCCAUUAUGUAAUUCAUGUUAAACUAAUAUGUCAUCUUGAAAUCUUCCUAGUGGAGUAGAAAUAUUUCUUGAAUUUCUCGUUAAUAGCGUCCUUCAGACAUCCAUUUAUAGAGAAAAGUAUUUUCUGUUAAGAGAUUAAAUAUUACUCUGUGGCUAUUUACUGAUUUAACUUAUUUUGAUAAUAAAAUACUUGUCUGAAAAUACUUCCCAGCGUCUCAUUUACCCAACAGAAUGCUACAUUCCAUCCGCCAGCAGCGAUAUGAUGGUGGCAGCGUUGUUGUAUUUUUGGAUCUUGGUGUCCUGUGUCUCUCUGGCAUCGACAGCUCUGUUGAAGACUGAGGCGGACAGCUGGGAGGCAGGUGCGGUCUUCUCGGUGAUGGAGGUGCUUCAGGCGUCAUCAUUAAGUCAUGCCUCUCUCAUCGUCAUAACUGAAACCAGUUCCUCGGUGUGGCUUUGAAUAAACUUUUCUUUUUCAAUCAUAUUGAUUUUGUAAAGCUGUUCUUUGCACGUAGGGUCAAUGAGAGACAAGAAACAAAUUUUUCAGAGAGACGUCCAGACGUUGCUCGGAACCUCAAGGGGCGUGGCGAUGUUUGAGACACCCUCUUAUGGGUCACAGCUCGUUCAGGUGGUCACACGCGCUCGUAAAGUAAGUUUUCGUGUGACAGAACGUUUUGAAUUUCUUUGUUAUUGUCAGUAUUAAAGUGUUUCAUUCUUAUUUCUUGACCUGGGCCGUUUCCUAACGGGCAGGUGCGGGUGACGUCGUGGAUGGUCGUGGUGGUGGUGGUGAGUGACGACCCAGUCUUCCUGGCCUCCUUCGCCCAACAGGCCCGUGAGGGUCGCCUGCUGGUGUGGGCAACUAGGCUUAUUGUGGUGACCCGCCGCGCGCCGCACCGCCUCCACCCGCUCCACCAGACUCUCGCCCUUACCAACUCCCUCCUGCUGCUGGUGGAUGGCACGGCAGGGGUGAGCAGGGCCUCCGUGAAGGCAGUACUGCCUUUCCAAAGUCCCAGAGACGCAGUGUUGUGGAGAGCGUCUUGGACGGUAGGCCACGGUCUGCAAUUGAGUCAGCCGCUGUUCUGGGAUAAAUUUAACAAGUUUUCUAAGGAAACAAGUUUGAUAGUGACGAUGGAACCUAACGACAGGAACACAGUAGUGAUGGUUCCAGACCCGACGGCCCCAGGCGGUGAAAGGCCAGUGUUUAAGGGCUACAUGAUCACCGUCAUUGAGUAUCUGGCACAAGGACUUAACUUCUCGUGCACGUUCCGUAGGCCACCAGAUGGUGUGUGGGGAAUGAAGCUCAAGAACGGUUCUGUGAUCGGCAUGGUGGGGCAAGUCCACAGGGAGGAAGUGAAUAUGGCUUUGGGACCUUUCGCUAUCAACGCCGCCAGGUACGAAGCCGUUGAUUUCACUUGGCCGGUUGAGUACAUGUCUGUCAAGGUUUUCGCUGGCCGGGAGACUCCCGAAAUAGAUCCAUGGGGUUUUUUGCUGCCCCUCGGCCCCUGGGUGUGGGCGAUGGUGCUCGCCUUCCUCCUCCUGCUGGAGCUCGCUUCCUUCCUUCUCUCAUACAAGUUCUCCCCGUAUGAACUAACCUCGAAAAAUCUCUCUUUUACCAGCAUUAUGCUACGCCAGUGUGAGAACUUCAUCAUUCGUUUAAGGAAUGAUAUAAAUUGUUCUUGUUCAUAUGUAGAAAAGCGUAUCAGCCCCGUCCCCAUCCUGAUGAUGAAUAAGUGA